AUGUAUCUGACGCAGCUGGUGUCCAAUAGCCAUGGUGAUAUAUAUGUCCCUGCUGGCCGAGCCAUCCGGCGCCUCGUGAGCUUAACUGACAGGGUUGAGGACCUUAUCGGAGAGCACGAUCGAAGGAGCACUCUAUGUGAUGAAGAUGACCAACACACGGAAGAGUGGGUAUUAUGCUCGAGGAGGAACGAACCUAUCAGUCAUUUCAACAGCUACUUCAGCUGGGUUCCAUGUGUCCGCAGCCUUAUCAACUCUCAAAGUGACUGGAUAUCAGCUCAAUGUUGCUUAUCAAAAGGCAAGUUGUCCGUCAUGCAAGUACUCAAUAAAGGUGCCGAUUCAGCACGGGGCGAUGAUGCUAGUUCUUUGAAGAAAACAGUGGCUUCGUGGCUCAAUGAGAGCCGUCCUACCCCCAACCCACCAAUCUCCUCAGUCGACAAGUCCGGACGUGGAUUUUAUCAUGAUGCGACCGGGGAACUUCUAUGUCCUGUGGAUUUCCAUUGGGCCAAUCCAAGAACGAAGGAAGGGAUCCGAAAAUACGAACCUGACUUCCAAGUCACUGCCCAUUCAUGGCCAGCAUUCUUGUAUAGUAACAGCAAAUACAACCCUGAUGACCCGACGAAAGGGCUGUUCAAAAGUGCUUGGCUCGUCAGGACUUUCAAACAUAUUUUUACAUCCCCCAGCUCUGCUGGGGAGAUACGACCUGACGAAGAAGAACCCCUGGGCUACCAGGAAUCAUCGCACAAGCGGUCUAGGACCUCAGGUGAACGGCGCACUCGGGACCUGGAAUCCCAGUUACGAUUUGCCUUAUCAAGCUGUGGUGCCUGGCGUAUCGUUGAUGAUGAGUUUGAUCAUCGUCAGUUUUACACCUACACCAUCGACUACUUCGAGCAUCCACCCACACCUGCCGCCAAAGCCUCCAUCGACACUCUUCUUGUUUGGUGGAACAGAAAGGUAUUUGGGGCUCGCAAUGUGUCUACUUACUUGCCUCAGAAUGUAGCGCAAUACUCUGUUGCUAACACUUCUGCCAGACGCUGCCAGUGA